AUGCCAGAUACGGCAUCUCACGCGAUUGCCUACCCUGUCUACGCGGCCGCUCUCCUUCAAUUGUCUACUAUGGAUCCGUCAACCGCCAGGGCUGGGAAGGCUGUGGAUGUUUUCGUGGAAGACGGACACCCCGACCCAGACGGAAAGCUGCGCGUGCGCAUUGGGUCGUGUUGUCCGAUCGUGAGGAGGCUCCUGCGGUGGAACGAGGAGGCCCACGACCACCUCGAGGCGGAGGCGAAGGAGGCGGACUCGUUCCUGGAGAAAUUCGUGGACGCCCCCGUGGACUCGGGGAAGAUCUCGGGGCUGGCCCACUGGUGGGCCCAGCCCGUCGUCGACACCGCCUCCACAUUCCACUAUGCCUGGCUGGUGGUGAUCUCGACGGCCGCCGUCUACAACUGGAUCUUCAUCGUCGGCCGGUCCGUCUUCUGGGAGCUGGGGAACCUCUCGCCUGCCGUCUGGUUCUCCCUCGACUACAUCUCCGACUUCGUCUAUCUCUUUGACAUGUACAUACGCUCCAAAGAAGGAUACCUGGAGCAAGGGAUCAUGGUGAGGGACGGGAAGAAGCUGAGGCGGAACUACGUUCGCUCCUCCGUCUUCCUGCUGGACGCGUGCAGCAUCCUUCCGACCGACUUGUUCUAUCUGGCGAUGGGGACGGAGUGCGAGGAGAGGGUUCCGUGCCCCGUCGUCCUCAGGGUCAAUCGGCUUUUCAAGUUCCCGAGGCUCAUAGAGUUCUUCGAUCGGACCGAGACCAGGACCAAUUUUCCGAACACUUUUCGCAUCGGGAAGGUUAUCCUGUACAUCCUGGUGAUCAUCCACUGGAAUGCGUGCCUCUACUUCGCCAUUUCGUAUUCCAUCGGGUUCGGGACGGACCAGUGGGUGUAUCACGAGGUGGAGGGGCCGGGGUCGGAGAUCCCGGUGGUGAGGCUCGCCCAUCAGUAUAUUUAUAGCUUUUAUUGGUCGACGUUGACGCUGACGACGAUCGGGGAGACGCCGCAGCCGGUCAAGGACGAGGAGUUUCUGUUCGUCAUAGUCGACUUUCUCAUCGGUGUCCUCAUCUUCGCUACGAUCGUCGGCAACGUUGGGUCUAUGAUCAGCAACAUGAACGCGGUCCGUGCCGAGUUCCAGAACCGGAUCGACGGCAUCAAGCAGUACAUGGAGUUCCGCCACGUGUCCAAGGACCUCCAGGCCCGGGUCAUCCGCUGGUUCGAUUACCUCUGGAUGAACAAGCAGAGCCUGGACGAGGAGAAGGUGCUGGGGACCCUGCCGGACAAGCUCAAGGCGGAGAUCGCCAUCCACGUCCACCUGGACACCUUGAAGAGGGUGAAGAUCUUCGAGAACGCGGAGCCGGGCCUGCUCAAGGAACUCGUUCUUCGGCUCAAACUUCAGGUAUUUAGCCCGGGGGAUUACAUCUGCAAAAAGGGUGACAUCGGGAAGGAGAUGUACAUCGUGAAGAGAGGGAAGCUGAACGUCGUCGCAGAUGACGCCAUCACCAUUUACGCAACACUCAGCGACGGAAGCGUCUUCGGAGAGCUGAGCAUCCUGAACAUCCCCGGGAACAAGACAGGGAACCGGCGAACUGCAAACGUCCGGAGCGAGGGCUAUUCCGACCUCUUCUGCCUGAGCAAGGACGACCUCUGGGACGUCCUCGAGGAGUAUCCCGACGCAAAGAGGACUCUCCUCGAGGCCGGCAGACAGAUCCUCCUCAAGGACAACCUCCUCGACCUCGAUGCUUCCAAGCAUGCCGAGGAGGAGCAGGAGGCUCUUGAGAGAAAAAUUAAAAAACUCGAGUCAUCGAUGGAGGUGAUGCAAUAUCGCUUCUCGAGGCUGAUCGCAGAGUACACGAGCGCAACCCAAAAGCUGAAGCAGAGAGUUCAUCGUCUGGAGCUCGGGGAUGAAACGUGCAUGCCGAUCCGGAAGGGCCACUCCGCCUCCUACCUCUCUCCUCCUCUGACCACUACUGUGUCCAUGACCACGCUCCCCAGCUCCUUGUCGGCGUCCCCGUCCAAGUGA